AUGGCAUCCACCACCCUUCUCCUUCUCAUCCUGCUCUCCUCCUCUGUCCAUGCCAUCUCUGACCCCUUAUCCUCCUUCCAAAACUACAUUGUCCAUGUCCGCCACCCAUACAACCUCCUCAACCCCAACUACACCAGCCCUCAAAACUAUCACCUUUCUUUCUUCCCCACAACAACCACCACAACUUCCUCUUCUCCCCGCUUGCUCUACUCUUACAGCGAAGCCAUCACUGGUUUCUCUGCUCAGCUGACAGCAGAGCAAGUCACUGCCAUGUCAACCAAACCCGGCUUCCUCGGUGCCUACCCAACUCCAAACUACAAACUCAUGACCACCCAAACCCCUACCUUUCUCAAACUCCACUCGAACUCCGGCCUCUGGAACCAAUCCAACCAAGGCGAAGGCAUCAUCAUCGGAACAAUCGACACCGGAGUAGCAUCCGGCCACCCUUCUUUCUCCGACGCCGGCAUGCCCUCAGCUCCUCCCCGCUGGAAAUCACAAUGUCAGCUUCCACUCACCGCUCCAUGCAACAAAAAACUUAUUGGCGCCCGGACCUUCGUUGGCAACAACGCCUCCGACUUACAAGGCCACGGCUCUCACACCACGAGCACUGCCGGUGGAAACUUUGUCGACAACGCUAAUGUUCUCAGUCAAGCCAACGGCACAGCUUCCGGAAUUGCUCCACGCGCGCACGUUGCAGUUUAUAAAGUCUGCGAUCUAGAAGGAUGCCGCGGCGAAGAUGUAACCGCGGGUUUAGAUUUUGCCAUACAAGAUGGUGUCGACGUUGUCUCUCUUUCACUAGGAGCAGGCACAACUUCUUUCGCCAUGGACCCCAUUGCAAUUGCCGGUUUCCGCUCUUUUCCAAAAGGGAUCCCUUUCGUCUGCGCUGCAGGUAACGACGGGCCGUAUUUGUCUUCCCUCUCCAACGAAGCGCCGUGGCUUCUUACCGUAGGUGCUUCCACAAUGAACCGGAUUCUCAAAUCCGUGGUGCGGCUUGGGGACGGGCAGGAGUUUGCGGGCGAAGCUCUGUUUCAACCAAAAAAUUUCUCAUCUCAACAAAAAUUUCCACUUGUUGCGCCCCAAUCAUGCGACAAAUUCUCGCCCAAAACCGUGAAAGGAAAGAUCGUUCUUUGUGAUUUGGUUGCCGAUGUCGAUGCGAUUAAGGCUGCUGGAGGAUCGGCGGUCAUUUUGAAAAACAAUAAAAUUGAGGGCGCAACGAUAGUGCUUAAUCUCCAACCAUUGCCAUCUUCGCUGGUCACCUUCACAGACGGAGCUAAGAUCACUUCAUACGCCGCCACGGAAGUCAACCCCACCGCCGCCAUCGAAUUCUACGGGACAGUGAUCGGUUCUCCUCCUUCAGCGCCAAAGGUGGCUUUUUUCUCAUCAAGAGGACCCAGCAUUUCAAGCGCCGGGAUUCUUAAGCCGGAUAUCAUUGCCCCUGGCGUCAACGUGCUAGCCGCAUGGCAUGAGCCGAUAACCAACGAUACAAACUACAAUGGCAAUCGCCGGCAUUUUAAUAUCAUCUCAGGGACAUCCAUGGCGACCCCUCACAUCACAGGCGUGGUUGCUUUACUAAAAAAGGCUCAUCCGAAUUGGUCUCCUGCAGCAAUAAAAUCUGCCAUAAUGACAACGGCUGAUGUAGCGGAUGAUAGUGGUAAUCCGAUCAUGGACGAGAAGCUGAAGCCGGCGGACCACUUCGCGCUGGGCGCAGGGCAUGUUAACCCUGCGAAAGCAGGGGACCCGGGGCUGGUCUACGACAUCUCCGGCGAUGAUUACUUACGAUAUAUUUGCGGAGUAGGUUAUUCAGAUAGCGAUGUGACCAUAAUAGCGGGACGGAAUGUGAGUUGCUCUGAAGUGGGGAAAAUAGCAGAGGCUGAAUUGAACUAUCCUUCCAUUUUGGUGUUUUUAAAUCUUACGAAGGUGAGGGUAAAAAGAACGGUGACGAACGUCGGGGAGGCCGAGUCGACGUAUAGAGUGAAAGUUCAGAGUCCGAAAGGUGUUAGGGUGAAGGUGAAGCCGCUUGUUUUAGGGUUUAGUGAGGUGGGGGAGAAGAAGAGCUUCUAUGUGACAUUUGAGAAAGUGUUUGGGGCAAUGUAUUUGGGGAACUCAACGCAUGGAAGCUUGUCGUGGGUGUCUGCAAAACGAGUGGUGAGGAGUCCAAUUGUCGUGAUGAUGUAG